AUGUUCCCGAGGAGCCAGUGUAUCUCCAAUCAGACAGAUCCUAGAAUCUCUCACACAAAGCUUUCUGCGGAUGAUGAGUGGAAUCUGCAGCAGGAGAGGAUGUACAAGAUGCACCGUGGCCACGAGUCCAUGCACGUGGAGAUGAUCUUGAUCUUCCUCUGCACCCUGGUUGUCGCCCAGGUAGUGCUGGUGCAGUGGAGACAGAGGCAUGGCCGAUCCUACAAUCUGGUAACCUUGCUGCAGAUGUGGGUCGUCCCUUUGUAUUUUACGAUAAAGCUUUACUGGUGGCGGUUUCUAUCCAUGUGGGGAAUGUUCUCGGUGAUCACCAGUUAUAUCCUCUUCAGAGCUACCCGAAAACCCCUCUCAGGGAGAACACCACGAUUGGUGUACAAAUGGUUCCUCCUAAUCUAUAAGCUCAGCUAUGCAUUUGGCGUUGUGGGUUACUUGGCUAUCAUGUUUACAAUGUGUGGAUUCAACUUAUUUUUCAAAAUCAAGGCUAGAGAUUCCAUGGAUUUUGGCAUUGUGUCCUUGUUCUAUGGCCUCUACUAUGGGGUAAUGGGGAGAGACUUUGCGGAGAUCUGCUCAGAUUACAUGGCUUCUACUAUAGGGUUCUACAGCGUCAGCGGGAUGCCCACAAGGAGCUUGGCUGACGACAUCUGUGCCGUCUGUGGACAGAGGAUCAUCGUGGAGCUCGAUGAAGAGGGGCUCAUUGAAAACACCUACCAGCUGUCGUGUAAUCACGUCUUUCACGAAUUCUGCAUCCGAGGUUGGUGUAUUGUUGGUAAGAAGCAGACCUGCCCUUACUGCAAAGAGAAGGUUGAUUUGAAGAGGAUGAUCAGUAACCCCUGGGAACGCACCCAUUUUUUGUAUGGACAAAUCCUGGAUUGGCUUCGAUAUCUGGUGGCCUGGCAACCUGUGGUAAUAGGAGUCGUUCAAGGCAUUAACUAUUCACUGGGGCUGGAAUAGCACAGCAGACUUACUCCAGCAGCAAUGUAUUGCAUGGCUGAAAUAUUUUUAAAUCUUUGGUUCUAUAUUUAAUAUUGAUAUUCUUUUUUCAUUUUAGAGAUGAUCCCCAGAGUUCAGAAAACUAAAUAAAAUUUGGUAUCACACUUAAAGCAAUUUAUCUUUGUGCAAAGAAUUAAAGAGAAGCUAAAUGGUGGAAUAAACAAAUAAAGUAUGCUCUCACAUCUUUCCUAU